CACAAUUCCCAGAGGGCUAAGCGCCACUCGCAGCCAGCAGUCCCCACUCACGCUUAGACUCUUGGGAAUUGUAGUACGAAUCCAGUCAGGGUUGGAACCAUGGCGGUGACCAAGGAGCUCUUACAGAUGGACCUGUACGCGCUGCUAGGCAUUGAGGAAAAGGCGGCAGACAAAGAGGUGAAGAAGGCUUAUAGGCAGAAGGCCCUCUCCUGCCACCCAGACAAAAAUCCAGAUAAUCCCAGAGCAGCUGAACUCUUCCACCAGCUUUCUCAGGCCUUGGAGGUGCUGACUGAUGCUGCAGCUAGAGCUGCUUAUGACAAGGUCAGGAAAGCCAAGAAGCAGGCAGCGGAGAGGACCCAGAAACUUGAUGAGAGAAGGAAGAAAGUGAAGCUUGACCUAGAGGCUCGGGAGCGGCAGGCCCAGGCCCAGGGGAGUGAGGAGGAGGAGGACAGCAGGAGCACCAGGACACUGGAGCAAGAGAUCGAACGCCUACGAGAAGAAGGUUCCCGGCAACUACAGGAACAGCAGAGGCUGAUCCGGGAGCAGAUUCGCCAGGAACAUGACCAGAGGUUGAGAGGAAAAGCAGAAAAUACUGAUGACAGAGGAACCCCCAAACUAAAGCUAAAAUGGAAGUGCAAGAUGGAGGAUGAGUCAAAAGGUGGCUACUCCAAAGAUGUCCUCCUGCAGCUUUUGCAAAAGUAUGGUGAGGUUCUCAACCUGGUGCUUUCCAGUAAGAAGGCAGGCAUGGCUGUGGUGGAGUUUGCGACUGUCAAGGCUGCGGAGCUGGCUUUCCAGAAUGAAGUUGGCCUGGCCAGUAACCCUCUGAAGAUUUCCUGGUUGGAGGGACAGCCCCAGGGCAUGGCGGGCCCCAGCUACCCAGGCCUGUCAAAGGGCUCAGUGCUGUCAGAGAGGGACUACGAGAGCCUGGUCAUGAUGCGCAUGCGCCAGGCCGCUGAGCGGCAACAGCUGACCGCCCGGAUGCAGCAGGAAGACCAGGAGGGGCAGCCCACAUAGCCUGCGGCUCCAGCCCACCCCCCGCCCCCGCCCUUUCCUUAAACAUCACCAAUAAAAACUUUUUUUAAUAGUC